AGGCAAACCUCUCCAGAUGCCACUUCCAAAUAUAGGCUCUCAUUAACACCAGAGGCUGGCCUGGUGUGGUGCAGGGCGGCCCUUCCUUCCCCUGGCGGACACUGUGUCCCCGCGCGCUGGCGCUGCACCACAUCUGGAAGCCAGGCGGGCAGGGCAGAGACCCCGGCUCCUGCGCCCCUCCUAGCUCCCAGAGAGCGUGGAUCGCGGGCGGGGCUCACCAAGCGAGCUGUCCCAGAGGGAGGAGCUGAAAUCUGAACCUCUCAGCUGUGAUUGGAUCUUUCUUGCAAAAGAGAGGAAAAAAAAACCCUCCCAGCCAAAACGGGCUCAGUUCGUAAAGGAGCCGGGCGACUUCAGAGGCGCCGGCCCGUCCGCCUGCCGCACCUGAGCACGGCCCCUGCCCGAGCCUGGCCCGCCGCGAUGCUGUAGGGACCGCCGUGUCCUCCCGCCGGACCGUUAUCCGCGCCGGGCGCCCGCCAGACCCGCUGGCAAGAUGCCGCGCUCCUUCCUGGUCAAGAAGCAUUUCAACGCCUCCAAAAAGCCAAACUACAGCGAACUGGACACACAUACAGUGAUUAUUUCCCCGUAUCUCUAUGAGAGUUACUCCAUGCCUGUCAUACCACAACCAGAGAUCCUCAGCUCAGGAGCAUACAGCCCCAUCACUGUGUGGACUACGGCAGCUCCAUUCCACGCCCAGCUACCCAAUGGCCUCUCUCCUCUUUCCGGAUACUCCUCAUCUUUGGGGCGAGUGAGUCCCCCUCCUCCAUCUGACACUUCCUCCAAGGACCACAGUGGCUCAGAAAGCCCCAUUAGUGAUGAAGAGGAAAGACUACAGUCCAAGCUUUCAGACCCCCAUGCCAUUGAAGCUGAAAAGUUUCAGUGCAAUUUAUGCAAUAAGACCUAUUCAACUUUUUCUGGGCUGGCCAAACAUAAGCAGCUGCACUGCGAUGCCCAGUCUAGAAAAUCUUUCAGCUGUAAAUACUGUGACAAGGAAUAUGUGAGCCUGGGCGCCCUGAAGAUGCAUAUUCGGACCCACACAUUACCUUGUGUUUGCAAGAUCUGCGGCAAGGCGUUUUCCAGACCCUGGUUGCUUCAAGGACACAUUAGAACUCAUACGGGGGAGAAGCCUUUUUCUUGCCCUCACUGCAACAGAGCAUUUGCAGACAGGUCAAACCUGAGGGCUCAUCUGCAGACCCAUUCUGAUGUAAAGAAAUACCAGUGCAAAAACUGCUCCAAAACCUUCUCCAGAAUGUCUCUCCUGCACAAACAUGAGGAAUCUGGCUGCUGUGUAGCACACUGAGUGACGCAAUCAAUGUUUACUCAAACAGAAUGCAUUUCUUCACUCCGAAGCCAAAUGACAAAUAAAGUCCAAAGGCAUUUUCUCCUGUGCUGACCGACCAAAUAAUAUGUAUAGACACACACACAUAUGCACACACACACACACACACACACACACACACAGAGAGCUGCAAGAGCAUGGAAUUCGUGUGUUUAAAGAUAAUCCUUUCCAUGUGAAGUUUAAAACUACUAUAUAUUUGCUGAUGGCUAGAUUGAGAGAAUAAAAGACAGUAACCUUUCUCUUCAAAGAUAAAAUGAAAAGCACAUUGCAUCUUUUCUUCCUAAAAAAAUGCAAAGAUUUACAUUGCUGCCAAAUCAUUUCAACUGAAAAGAACAGUAUUGCUUUGUAAUAGAGUCUGUAAUAGGAUUUCCCAUAGGAAGAGAUCUGCCAGACGCGAACUCAGGUGCCUUAAAAAGUAUUCCAAGUUUACUCUAUCACAUGUCGGAUGUCUGGUUGCCAUUGUUGAACUACAGCCUUUUUUUGAUUACCUGUAGUGCUUUAAAGUAUAUUUUUAAAAGAGAGGGAAAAAAUAACAAGAACAAAACACAGGAGAAUGUAUUAAAAGUAUUUUUGUUUUGUUUUGUUUUUGCCAAUUAACAGUAUGUGCCUUGGGGGAGGAGGGAAAGAUUAGCUUUGAACAUUCCUGGCACAUGCUCCAUUGUCUUACUAUUUUAAAACAUUUUAAUAAUUUUUGAAAAUUAAUUAAAGAUGGGAAUAAGUGCAAAAGAGGAUUCUUACGAAUUCAUUAAUGUACUUAAACUAUUUCAAAUGCAUACCACAAAUGCAAUAAUACAAUACCCCUUCCAAGUGCCUUUUUAAAUUGUGUAGUUGAUGAGUCAAUGUAAAUUUGUGUUUAUUUUUAUAUGAUUGAAUGAGUUCUGUAUGAAACUGAGAUGUUGUCUAUAGCUAUGUCUAUAAACAACCUGAAGACUUGUGAAAUCAAUGUUUCUUUUUUAAAAAACAAUUUUCAAGGUUUUUUUUACAAUAAACAGUUUUGAUUUAAAA